GCACCUUUUCCGUAUACAGCCACAUUGUCAAAAUUAUUCCAUCUAGUUCAGCAUCUUGUCAUCGUCGGAUAUUACUGUACGCACCGACAUGAAGUACAGGCUGAUCUCCCCGUCGCAAACGGAACAUACAUGUUCCGUGUAAAUGUGAUCCCGAAGGCUAUACUUUGCAAUCUUAAGAAGAGUAGCUAAGUUGCUUCCGAAGCAGUGUUUAUAGAGGAGGAGAUUCUUUGCAUAUAUUUUUUGUUACAUGGCAAAGGUAUGGCAAUGCCUUUAAGGCAGUGUAUUAGACCAGGUUCUGAUAGCUUGUUUCAGGUAGACAAGAAUAGAGUGCUUGGUAUUUAAAGUGGCUUAUUAUCUCACGAUUACUGUAUUUUCCAUCAUUUUCAACUUCUCAUUCUUAUCACCAAAUCACAAUGAAGAUGCAAUUGAACGUUAUUGCUAUUGUAGCAGUUGCUAUUUUUAACUGUUCGGCUGUUUUGGCUAUUCCAAUUGCAAAAUUGAAUGAAAUUGAACAUCCAAUCGAACGUCGUGCUGCAAUUUUGCAGAACAUGGUAAGUUUUUCUUGUGCAAAUGUAUAGUUGAAAAUAUUUUUCUGACUAGCUCCUUCAUUUCAGAUGCAAGACUCAGAUGUUACCCUAGUCAAAAGAAACUUUUGCAUCCGAUUUUGCCCAAGUAAUGGUUGCGGUGAUGGUUGCAAGUGCGUUCUUAAGAUGUGUUAUCCAGACAAAAAACGUAAAUAAACCUGAUUGACAACACAAUCAGUUUUUUGGACAUCUUCAUUUAUCU